AUGACAAUAUUCCAAACUGGAAACUCACAGCCGCGAGCAAUCCAGGAUGAUUCGGACGUUGAAGAGGAAGCCCUUGCGGCCGACUACAGAGAACAAAUUCAGUAUGAGGGGCUGGAAGUACUAGACCACAUGAAUUCGGCAAAUAUGACACAGCAAGCAGACGAUAUUCAGUCCAGACUUGUAGCAGCCUCACAACCUCUAGAUUUUUCUGCUCCAAUCGAAGUGAAAUUUGCCAGCUACGAUAAUUAUUGUAGCUUGUUCCAUUACAUCCUGAACUCGGAUGGACCUGUUGAUCUAGAGCCGCCUUCUUAUUAUUGGGCAUGGGACGUCAUUGAUGAGUUCAUUUAUCAAUUUAAUUCUUUCUGCUCUUAUCGAAACCGGGUGGCCCGCCAGGGUAGCAAUGAAGAAGAAAUUGAAAUCCUUCGCGAAGCACCAAAUACAUGGGGAUGCUACAGUGUACUCAACGUAUUAUACUCUUUGAUCCAGAGAUCACAAAUUAACGAACAGCUCGCGGCAAUGAAGCGCAACGAGGACCCCUUACUAGUCGCAGGCGAAUAUGGUUCCAAACCUUUAUACCGAAUGCUGGGCUAUUUCUCAAUCAUCGGUUUACUAAGAGUUCAUUGUUUACUUGGCGAUUUCAGUCUCGCCUUGAAAACUCUAGAUGACAUUGAGCUAAAUAAAAAAGCCAUGUUUGCCCGCGUCAUGGCCGCUCAUUUCACUACCUACUACUAUGUAGGAUUCUCUUACAUGAUGAUGCGUCGAUAUGCCGAUGCUAUUCGUAUGUUCAGCCAUAUUCUUAUCUAUGUCUCGCGUACAAAAAACUUUCAAAAAAACGCACAAUACGACUCUAUUUCAAAAAAGAACGACCAAAUGUAUGCUCUUAUUGCCAUAUGUGUCGCAUUUCAUCCUACAAAGCUGGACGAGACAAUCAGCACUGCACUUCGUGAAAAGUUUGGCGACCAAUCUUUGAAGUUACAACGCGGUGGCCCAGAAUCACUUCCGGUAUUUGAGGAGCUGUUUCGAUCUGCUUGUCCAAAAUUUAUAUCUCCUACGCCUCCCGACUUCGAUAACCCUGAUAUAAACGUCGACCCUCUCCAGCAUCACUUAGCUAUAUUUAUGGACGAGGUAAAGAUAAACAUGUGGAGUCCUACAGUUAAAUCAUAUUUAAGACUGUACACUACAAUGGAUUUGAAGAAACUGGCCGGAUUCCUUGAGGUCGAGCCUGAAAAGCUUAGGAGCUGGCUGUUGGUGAACAAGCAGAGAAGCAGACAAAUAAGGUGGUCGGAAAAUGGUUUGUUGCAAGGUGACGUCGUUUCAUGCAGCGAUCUCGACUAUGCCAUGCAAGGUGACUUAAUACACAUCUCGGAAGCUAAAGUUGGACGAAAGUUUGUGGAUUGGUAUCUUCGCAAUCUCGCCCGGACUUAUUAG